UCCAGCAUCGGCAGUAAUUUGCUUUUACCAAGCAAUUCUUUAACAUGAUUUUUCAGACUGAAUACAAGUUGUUACUAUGAAAAGUUGAGUAAAUACAUAUCCUUUUCCGUGGCGUUAGUUUAGCGCGAUUACAAUUAUUUGAAAUAAUUUUAAACUCGUGCUCACGUAACUUUUUGAAAACAAAACGGUGUUGCGGCAUUUAGUUAUGUACUGAGAUGUGCGUGUUUUUCCCCUGACAUUCCUACUAUAACAUUGCAUUAGCAAGGUACAUGAAAAGUGCCGUUUCCUUAUAGAUCUCUGCUGUCUCCACACUCAUGUUACACGGCAGUAGCUCCAUUGCAAAAUUACAGCAGCUCGCUUCUAUAUUUUAUUUUUGUGCAGUUUGCUGCCCCAAAUCUCUGCACCUUGUUCCGCUCAGUCCUAAACGCGCUUGCAACCCCGGCCAGAUGGUCAGCAUGUGUUGGGACUUUGUGAGCACGGCGGCGUGGCCCGGAUCCGUGCAGCUCCGCCGACUGAGCGUCCUUUCCAAAAUACUGCAAUCCGAGAGACAGAAAGCCCGCUGCAGAAGAUCCCGCACUGAUGCGGGCGCUGAAAAGCUCACACCGGGAGUUGUCAUGUGCACGUGAGAGGUAGCCGAGUUGAGAAACACUGACCGACGUUGGAACAGGACGACAUCAAACCUUUGAGGGGCAUCUUGACAGGACACCAAUAUGCAUUACUCUUGGAUAUUGCGGAUGGAGAGCUGUUUGUAUCCCCCUCUGCGUCGUUAACUCAGCCGGAGCAGUACGCGGAAGCUCGAGCAGGUUCAGAUUCCCGGGCAAACAAUGGGCGCGCCCUGCACCCCAUUGUCCUCCCGCGUUCCACCCCAUUGUCCUCCCGCGCUCCACCCCAUUGUCCCUCCCGCGCUCCACCCCAUUGUCUCUCCCGCGCUCCACCCCAUUGUCUCUCCCGCGCUCCAUCCCAUUGUCCCUCCCGCGUUCGACCCCAAUGUCCCUCCCGCGUCCCAACCGCCAUCUUCCACCUGCACUUUCCGAAAGCCUCCCCGCCCCAUCCUCACCGUCGAUACACACUCAGCGAAGGCACUGCGCCGUCAUUUAUGUGGCUGUUGCUGAAGCCUUUUGGAGAAAUAAAAACGAGCACUCGACACUUGCCGCGGUGUCUAGGCGGAAUAAGGAAACGAAAAUGCUUUCGAAAUCAACAGAAAACACAAUCCUGGGAACCGCAAAUGUGCUGGAUGUGUCUCAAUGUAAUGUCCUGACAGUGCCGUGCUUUACAUGUAAGAAGAAACUUAAUGCAACGACAGCUCGCCACCACAAGAUCCUGCAUCGCACACUGGCCAUGCUGCAGUACCGUGCAGGCAGCCAGCCUGUCAGCCUCCUUUCUCUCCGGAUCCGCCGGCGGAGCCUCAUUGCUAAGAGGAUGCGAGCUAAGAAAUUCAGCGCCUUAGAACUGCAGAAGAUCAACUUUGCAUACGAGAUAGUGAAGUCAAGUCGUUUGUUAACUUGGCCAUUCCUAGUCGAAAGUCCCAUUGUGUGCCAUGAAGAAUUCCCGCUGCAUGUAACACUGCCCAACGAACCCUGUGUAAAAUCAUUUGGGAUCUGGCAGGAUAGGAAUGUCCUUUGGAAAGCUGAGAUGGAAGAUGUCUAUGUUUUCAUGGAUUGUUAUGGUGGUCAAAGCGAUGUAUGCUUCAUUGGAAUCUUUGAUGGCUUUCAUGGUACGACUGCAGCACAGGUCACUUCCAAAGAUCUGCCAUUCCUGAUUAUUGAGGAGCUGAGAAAAGCUGGCCAUCCUUAUGUUCUGUCCGACGAAGAGCAUGAGUCUCUCUUGAGCUAUAGUGCACUUUUCCCGCACAGCCCCACCGAGGAGUCAUAUGUCAUUUUCCCUGUCAACAGCCAAGCCAACAAAACGUCCCAGUAUGAAUCAAUGCAUUUAGCUUUUGCUAAAGCCUUUUGGAAAAUGGACAGAAUUCUGGGGCUAGGUCGAAAUGAAAGUUCGAAGGUCCGUUGGAGUGGUUGUACAGCUGUCACCUGCCUUCUAGAAACCUACCCCAUUAGCACCAGCACUGAAAGCCUCUUGGAAGACGAUGUGUAUGAAAUUGGAAUGUUGCAUAUUGCUAAUGCAGGUGAUGUGCAUGCUGUCUUGUGCAAAAAUGGAAAAGGAUAUCGUUUAACUGAAAACCACAGCACCUCCAACCGUAAAGAACGUAAACGUAUUCAUCGAAGUGGUGGAACAAUCAGUAAAAAUGAACAACAUGGACUUGUGGAAGGAUUCAUUCAAUCAACACGAGGGCUUGGAUAUCAUGGAGAUCCCAAGCUUAAAACAUCCAUUGUGCCAAUACCAUAUACUGUUUCUGUGCCUAUUGAUUCCACAUGCCAGUUCCUUAUUCUAGCUUCAAGUGGAUUUUGGAAAGUUCUGAGUAGACAUGAAGUCAUUUCAAUCUCAUUGGAAAUGCUUUCUUUUUAUUUUAGAUCUUUGCACACUGAAUCUAAACAAAUUCGUUCAGUAAUCCAUUCAUUACAUGUUAGGGACCUACACCCUGACAAAGAUUUCUCUAUUGUACAUUUGCUUGAGGAGUUUUCACAGCAGGGACACAAAGAUGCUUUGAUGUCACUUGAGCGUUUAUUUGAGGAGCUACUAUUACGCAACGAAAAUGAUCUGGACAGUAAAACCAUGAAAUAUGUACUCAGACAUUAUUCAGUUAUGAAGAAACAUGAUCAUCUUUGGCAGACCAUGCAUCAACUACUAGAAAACAUUGCAGAAAAGGAGGAAUCCAUGGCAAUUGCGAAAAACAAGUUGGAUAUCAAGUUGGAUCGCGACAGCAACAUAUUUCUGCGGACUUUACAUAGGGAACAGAGGAAGCACAGGAUAACGGUGGACAAUUUUCCGGAGGAACCUCUACUGGACAAGGAAGAUUUGAACAACAGGAAUCCCAAAAAACAAUACAGAAGACCAGAGACUGAUGUUGCUGAGAAGCCUUUACACCCUGAGAGACAAAAAGGUCACCAUAAACAAGAGAAUACAAACAAAGAGUCAAAGAUUAAAAAAUCAGUGACCGUGACUUCUGAGCAAUUUCAGUCUUCUUCAUCAUCCGAAUUUGAAGUUUCAAAACCAUAUGAACAAAAUUUUAUAAAUCUGGAACUAAAGAGAGAAGAAUCAGAUCUGGAAACAGGUGGGCAACGACAAGAAAUUCAGUAUGAAACUUUAGCAAAUACCAUUAGCAAAUGCUUAGUUGAAACUGCUAAACAAGCAGGUGCUUGUGACAACAUAACAGUGCUCACGUUGUUGUUUCCGGGUUGUGCUAAAUCACAUUUGAUAAAACAGAAGAAAUGACGUAAACUCACACAUUCCAGGAAUAAUACUUUGAUGAAAAGUUUAACUUAAUCUUUAAACUUGAAGUGGGUCACAGCCAGAUCUGAUAUACUUGUUCAUUUCAAAGAAAACAACUGGCUAAGUAUAUAAUCGUUCAGAAUCAUCAGUUGUAUCUAGAGAACUCACUACUAUAAGUGACUAGGGUGGAUUUUAUGAAUAUGAUUUGUAUGCAACUAUUCUCCACUCACUGAAUUUUAGUGGAUAAAUCACUUUAUCUGGAAAGGUUACUGUAGUUUGCUUCAUGAAUUUGCUUUGUUGUUGUUGGUAGAGACAUUUAUAGACUGUAGAUUUUUUGCUGUAGUGUGCUGUUUGUAUAGACUUUUCUGAAAAAAUAAACUUUGCUGUAAAAUACAUUGUUUCUGGAAGUCUUACUGCGAGUCUCAGUUUUUCUCCAACAAAUUGAUUUAACAAUCUGG